AGCUAUUAUUCUAAACUUUUUUUUAAGUUUGUAUGUAUGGGUUGUAGCUGUCCCUUCUUAAAGCAUUUACGUCUAGUACAUUCUAUUUUCUUUUUAAAAUUUAUAGAUCUCAUUGGUGCUAUGGAGAUGUGUGGUAUCUCACGUGGCUGGAGGGCUGUAAUGGAGGAAUAUUGUCUCUUUAAGCAAGAGAGGCUGAGAAGGCAAGGCAAGGAAGUUGAACAUUAGAGAGCAGAUGGAAUAUGUGAAGUUUGGGCUGAAUGAUGGGGAGUCUGAAGGCAGCUUGGGAUUAAUGUGCAGACCAGCAUUACUGUCUGCUCUAGACUGCCUGAUCAGGAAGAAAUAGAUGAGACCUUCUUCAGAUAACUAGAAGCAGCAGCCUUGUGCAGACCCAGGUUCUCAUGGCAAACCUGAAGCAGCCUGACAUUAACUGGAUGGACAACCUAACAGGGGGAGCAAUUCUGGAGGUUUCUGUGGUGCAUGGAUGACAACUUGCUGUCACAGGCUGUUAAGGAGUCAAUGGAUGGAGGUGCUCUACUGGGCUUCCUGCUUAUAAACAAGAAAGGGCAGAUUGAGAUUUGUAGGUGGGCCAGCCAUGGCUGUAGCGACCACUGUCACCUUGGUUGCAGUGACUGUGAGAUGGUGGGUUUUGGGAACCUGAGAAGAGGGAACAAAGUGAAAAACAGGAUCACAACCAUGGACUUUAGGAGAGCAGAUCUUGGCAUGUUCAGAAAUCUGCGUGGAACAGUCUAUGGGAGAUGGUCCUGGAGAGGAGAGGAGUAUGAGAGAGAGAGUUGAUUUUCAUUGGUCACCUCCUGUAAGCUCAGGGAAAACUAUUCUGAUGAGCAGGAAAACAAGCAAAGGUGGCAGGAAGUCUAUGUAGAUGAACAAGAGCUCCUGAUGACAGACAAAAAGGAAGCAUAAAAGAGGAUGCAGUGGGGACAGUUAGCGCAGGAGUGCCCCAGGGACACCGUAUGUGGUUAAGAACGUCAAAUCCCAUUUGGAAUUGGAUCUGGGAAGGGCUGAUGAGGACCAAAUGAUAAGUAAGUAUAUCAUCAGCAGAAGAAAAACUAGGGAAAAUUUGCUUUUGAGUGCGGCAAAGAGAACGCUGAAAUGGUGACAGAGGACACAGAAAAAGCGGAGGUACUGAAAGCCUUCUUCAUCUUGGUCUUCUGGUAAGAUUGGUCUUCAACAAUCCUGGGUCCAUGAGAUCAAUGGGAAAAGUCUGGAAAAAGAAGGAGUUGCUUUUAGUGGAGGAGGAUCAGGUUAGGGAACAUUUAAGUAAUGUGAACACAGACAAAUCCAUGACACCUGAUAGGUUGGACCCACAGGUGCUGAAUGAGCUGGCUAGUUUUAUUGCAAAGCCACUCUUGGUUAUCUUCAGAAGGUCGUGGUGAUCAGGAGAGGAUCCAGAGAUCCAGAAGGAAGGAAAUACCAGACUCAUCUUCCUGGAAACCAGCUCCAGACAGGUGAAGGACAAGACAACAUGAAGCCUUUCUUCCAACUUGUGAAGUUACGGAAACUUGGACUUAGUGAUAAUGAAAUCCAGCGGCUCCCUCCAGAAAUAGCGAAUUUCAUGCAGCUGGUGGAACUCGAUUUGUCUCGAAAUGAUAUUCCUGAAAUACCAGAAAGCAUCUCAUUCUGCAAGGCGCUACAGGUAGCAGAUUUCAGUGGGAAUCCACUAACUAGGUUGCCCGAAAGCUUUCCUGAGUUACAGAAUCUAACGUGUCUUUCAGUAAAUGAUAUCUCUCUGCAAGCACUACCUGAAAACAUUGGGAAUCUUUAUAACCUGGCUUCACUGGAACUUAGAGAGAAUUUGCUGACAUAUUUACCCGAAUCACUCGCCCAGCUGCAGCGUCUUGAAGAACUUGAUUUAGGAAACAAUGAACUUUAUCACUUGCCAGAAACAAUUGGUGCACUUUUCAAUCUUAAAGACCUCUGGUUGGAUGGAAAUCAAUUAGCUGAAAUACCUCAGGAAGUAGGAAACCUGAAAAACCUGCUUUGUCUGGAUGUUUCUGAAAAUAAAUUGGAAUGCCUUCCUGAAGAAAUUAAUGGUCUGACUUCUUUAACAGACUUGCUUGUUUCUCAGAAUUUACUUCAAGUCUUACCGGAUGGCAUUGGAAAAUUGAGGAAGCUGUCAAUUUUGAAGGUUGAUCAAAACAAACUUAUUCAGCUAACAGAUUCAAUUGGAGACUGUGAAAGCCUUACUGAACUAGUUCUAACAGAAAAUCAGCUGCAGAUAUUACCGAAGAGCAUUGGAAAACUAAAGAAGCUGAACAAUUUGAAUGCUGAUAGAAACAAAUUAACAUCUUUGCCCAAAGAGAUUGGGGGAUGCUGCAGUCUUAAUGUGUUUUCUGUACGUGACAACAGAUUAUCUCGAAUUCCCUCUGAAAUUUCACAAGCCACUGAACUCCAUGUCCUGGAUGUUGCUGGAAACAGGCUGACGUAUCUUCCCCUCUCACUGACCACCUUAAAGCUGAAGGCUUUGUGGUUGUCUGAUAACCAGUCCCAGCCUUUGCUGACGUUUCAGACUGACACAGACCCUGAAACAGGAGAAAAGAUUUUAACGUGUGUAUUACUUCCUCAAAUGCCUUCUGAGCCUGGUUGCCAAGCAGAUAACCUGCCACGAUGUGGUGCAUUGGAGAGUUUGGUAAACGAAAUGUCAGAUGAAACAUGGAAUGAGCGGGCAGUGAACAGAGUCAGUGCAAUUCGCUUCUUAGAAGAUGAAAAAGAUGAAGAGGAUAAUGAAAUGAGAACACUUCUAAGGCGAGCCACUCCACACCCUGGAGAAUUAAAGAACAUGAAAAAGACAGUGGAGAAUUUACGGAAUGAUAUGAAUGCUGCUAAAGGACUGGAUUCAAACAAAAACGAGGUCAAUAAUGCCAUUGACAGAGUGACCACUUCUGUGUAGAAUUUCAUCUCCAGGUUUUACCUCCUGUGUCUUCCCCUGCUGUUGAAAUGUUCCUGUCAUCUUCUGGGACCUCACUGAGCCCCCUUUUUGUUUUUAACCAGAACCUGAUCCAUCGUCUCCAUAUAUGUGAAAAGUACUACCCACUGGAAGAAAGUGCCUUAUUUCAUCCAGGCAGAGAACCAAUAAUUUCCAAAUCAAUAUUGUAAUUUUAAUAGUACUAUGUUUUUUUUAGUAUAAUACACUACUGUAUGCAGAAUAUGAUAUUUUUGUCAUAAACGCAGGGGAAAUAAUGCUUUUCUUUUCCAGAGUGCUGGGAUAUCUUUGUCCCAGUGGCUGGACGUGCUGGUGAGAAAUUUAGUUUUGUGGAAAAUUGAUACACUCUUUUUUUUUAUUUUUUGGCAGCUCAGAUGGUGUAAAUUUUAAAUUUUUGUAUAGAACUUUCAUAACAAAAUGAUGUAUUUCAUUUUUAAGAGAAAAUUUAUCUUGAGCGGUACAUAUUUUAGUAUUUGUGGAAGAGAACAAGUUUCAAGGACAACUGUAUUCAUUUGUUUGUACCACCCAUUGUGCCUUAUUGUGUCUCGUAUGUCAUUCUAGACUUAAAAUAACAGUUAUUGAGGAAAGUGAGUAGAUUUAAACUUGGUCUCCUGUUUUAGCUGUGCUUUUCUUUUCCAACAGUAAUUUGUUGAGAUUUUUACAAAACAGAAUUUAUGUUUAUACCAUGGGAUUUCAGUUCACGAAGCACAAAUGUUAGUUUUGUUAUAUAUGGAAUUAAGAUUAAAAUGACCCAACUGCUAUUGUUUAUUACAUAAUGCACUCACACUUUAACUUAGUUGUAACAGAACAUCUUGUUUUGGAUGCGGUGUUGCAUUACAGUCACUAGAAAUUCAUGCUUUUUUUUUUUUUUCCAAAUGUGCCAUCUGUAAAAAUAACUUCAAAAACAGCACGGUAGACUUUCAGAAGCACAGUAUAAUUCUAGUUUUGUGUAUUACACAAGAAAGCAUGAUUCUUUUAAGUGCUUUGGUGGUUUUAUACAAGUAUAUAAAACCAUAAUAAUAAUAAAUCUUUAAAAGCUUCAAUAGAUUUACUGUAUCAUUAAAAUAGCAAUUAAAGUAUGUAUGGAUUGAUACUGGCAUUUACUAUCAUUGUUACCUUGUUGCACUUCCAGUGGUCCAGUGGUGAUAUCAAGGUCUUAUUAAAUCUGUGGGUUCUGGUUUGUUUAUAAAGGUAAGUAUUAACUGAGCUGAAUUCAGUAAAUAACAAUUUCAGCAAAAGGCUGAAAAACAUUGAUUUUUGGUGUCUGUGGGUUCUGUGUGUGCCAUGAACUAACAAAGAUGUCUGGCUUGUUCAGCACAGAGACUUGAGCAAUCUGAGUUCAGGGCAGAGAUCUUAUAUUUUUAGUAUACUUUAGAACUAAUACAAUGAAAUUAAAUUUCAACAAAAUGAAAGACAUGACACUUCUGCAUAUAUGGCUAACCAUGUCCAUUCUUCCACUUGACAUUUAUUCUAAUAUGUAUUGGUUGUAUGAGGGUUUUGGGGAGAAGAGGAAAGAGGAAAAUGGGUGAGCCAUGAUAGCUUCUGUGUUAAAAUUAAUAAAAAUCUGCAAUAUUUGA